CGUGUUGAUAUUCUCCGCAGUCACGGAGACGCGAAUUGUGAUUGGCUGAAAAUGGGAGCGACGUACAAUCGUUUCAAAAGGCAGACGAUGCACGAGGACCUCAAUGUGCACGCGCGGCGGCCGGAGAGGAUUCGUGAAUGAUACGGCGCAAGUUUCGGCUGCUGGUACUUCUGGCCAGCGUUUGGCUGCUUGGCAUCGGCUUCUACAUCUACAAAGCCCACCAAGACACCAAUGAGAAGAGGCUGAACAGCGCUGUGGUUGACACAGGGCCAGAUGGGAUACAGGUGGUUCAUGGUGACAUUGUCGGCGGUCGGUGGAUUCAGAAAAAUGAGAUGCCCAUUCCACAGAAAAAAGAGAUCCUUGAGCCACCACUUCUGGUCAAACCAACCAAACCUGUCAUCAUAGAACCCAAGUUACCCAACCCUGACAGUAAGGAGGGAGAGGAUCAAACAGACAACAAAAAGGUUACCUGGGACAAGUUUGACGAUAAAACUUACAUCAAUAAGAAAAGGGUACGCCCAGGUGACGAUCCUUAUGCUCGCAACAAGUUCAACCAGCAAGCUAGUGACAAUGUCCCCACCAACCGCAAGGUACCCGACACCAGACAUAUGAAAUGCAGAUCAAAGUUCUGGCCUGAAGAUCUUCCAUCAACGUCAGUAAUUAUCACCUUUCAUAAUGAAGCCAGGUCAACAUUAGUCAGAACAGUCAUCAGUGUCUUUCGAAUGAGCCCUGCCCACCUUAUAAAGGAAAUUAUCUUGGUGGAUGAUUUCAGUGAUGAUCCAUCUGAUGGUUUUGAGCUUGAAGUUAUUCAGAAAGUGAAAGUUAUCAGAAAUGAAAAGAGAGAGGGUCUCAUUCGAUCUCGAGUAAAAGGAGCAAAUGCAGCCAAAGCUCCUGUCUUGACAUUUUUGGACUCCCAUUGUGAAUGUAACGAAGAAUGGUUGGAGCCAUUGCUUGACAGAGUGAAAACGGAUAGAAAGAAUGUUGUCAGUCCUAUUAUUGACGUCAUCAGCAUGGACAACUUUGACUACAUUGGAGCAUCAGCAGAUCUUAGAGGAGGUUUUGACUGGAACCUGGUUUUUAAGUGGGACUACAUGACAUCAGAAGAGCGCAACAGAAGACUGUCAGAUCCUAUUUCUCCCAUCAGAACACCAAUGAUCGCUGGAGGAUUAUUUGUCAUUGAGAAGAGCUGGUUUGAAGAGCUUGGCCAGUACGACAUGGACAUGGAUGUGUGGGGUGGAGAAAAUUUGGAAAUCUCUUUUCGAGUGUGGCAGUGUCAUGGAGCACUGGAAAUAAUCCCUUGCAGUCGAGUCGGCCAUGUUUUCCGCAAGCAGCAUCCUUACACAUUUCCUGGAGGCAGUGGAAAUGUAUUUGCCAGGAAUACACGAAGAGCAGCAGAAGUCUGGAUGGACAACUACAAGGAGUUUUACUUUGCAGCAGUUCCAUCCGCCCGUAAUGUGCCAUUUGGAGACAUUUCACAGAGAGUAGCACUUCGAGAACGACUCCAGUGCAAACCUUUUAAGUGGUUUCUAGAAAAUGUUUACCCUGAGCUCAAAGUUCCUGGUGCCCAGGAUGUUGAAUUUGGCAGCAUACAACAGGACGGAAAAUGCAUUGACACACUUGGUCACUUUGCAGAUGGCAUACUUGGUCUGUAUGUCUGUCACAAUGCUGGUGGCAACCAGGAAUUCUCUCUGACCAAAGAUGGUAACAUACGACACCUGGAUUUGUGCAUCACAGCAACAGGUGUUAUGAAUGGAUCGGUGUUGAAGAUGUUUCAGUGUCGUGCCGACAACUACCUCCAGAACUGGGAGCACAAGGAUUCAGUGCUGAAACACAAAAUGCACAACCUGUGUAUUGAUAGCUCUUUGGUUGAGAGUGUUGGCCUUGUUGUCAGGACCUGUGACCCUAUAUCCAAAACUCAACGAUGGUCAUUCUCACUAAAGAAGGGGUAGGCCACACAGUCUGCUGUACUUAAUUCUUUAUCUGUGAUAAAGAAUCUUGUUAUUUAAAAAAAAAACUGCAGCUCUCAUUACAGCAUUUGUGAAAACCUUGAUGGUAAAACAUUUCACAAGACACAGAAUCAUACAUCAUACAUCUCGUGGUUCAUUUUAUUUUCUUUAAUGCUGUUUCGGAACAGCACAUGUUGCCUAUAGAUAACCACAGCUAAGAACUUGCAUCAUUGAACUAGUCAUGAUAAUGGCAUUUGGUGGAAGAAGGAACAGUUUCUUUCUAGUCAUUUUAGUCGUUUUCCUUUUUAAUAUAUACAUAUAAAAGAUAAAUAUAAAACAAUAUAAAUAAAUUUUGCCACAUCCUUCCUCCAUGCAACUAAUUGUACAUUAUUCUGUUACACUGCAAUACAAAACUGGAGUUUGCUCCAGAUGUUGCUAUGCCCAUUUACUUUAAGAUUUAAAUAAAUCGUGAUACUUGUUUGUGCCAUCUUUUAUAGACUGAAGAAAUGAAACAAAGUCUACCUUCAUAGACUGGACUGAGUCAAAUAUUAAAAAUGAGAACAUUUACAUUAUGUCUACAUUUGUUUAAACUCUAUAGAGUUGUAAUAAACUACAUGAAUAUUAUUUAUUACAAUAAAAGUUAAUUUGUAUUGUUUCAAAAAUAGGCUUAGUUUGAGGACGGUUACUACACCAAUAUUGUGAAUUUUUUUAAUGGAUAUCUGUUUAUUCUAUAUGUAACUUCCAAAAAAAUAUAAAACCAGUUUUAGGUUAAAGGAAUAGACACAAGCAUAACCUGAUAAACCACUUUUUAAGUUUUACAAUAUUUUAUAAAUUGCUAUUGUUUUAUCCAUUUUUACAAAAAUAAAUGCAUCUUUUAUCCUUUUACCAAAAAAACAUUGUUUAAUUAUAUUUAGCUUGUCAAAAUUUGUUUGUUUUGAAUUAAGAUAGUGAUAUUCUUUCUGAAAUUAUCUUGCUGCUUACCGUUAUCAACAUUUACCAUGCCCUUGCUAUUACUUUGAAUGAAGACAUUUUUAUUUUAAUGGUCUAUAGAUGGUUGUUACUGCUGUCAAAUAUGAAUAGUUACUAUUAGUGCAUUUAUCAUCUCAUUAAUUUUAUUCAGUAUUUGUCAGAUUUUUGUUAUUUCAGCAAGCAAUUUGAUGUACUGUAUAUUCUGAACAACGAAUUUUCCUGAAAUUUUCAAGGUGUCUUUUGCUGACUGGCAGGUUAAUCAACUGAAUUUAGAAUUUUAGCAGGCAAAGUAAUCAGAAGCAAACUGCUAUACCUUUAUGCAAGAGAAGUUAAAGAGGACUGGUUCUUCUUUUAAAUGCAUUAUUUACAUACCUUGUAGCACUUAACAUUCAUUAAAAAAUGUUUUAAUUUGCACAUGAUGCCUGCUGCAGCAAGGUGCAUUACUAGCUGCAGCAAGCCACAGUGAUUCAGUUGAGUUAAAAAUUUGUUAAGGGGUUUUUUCAAUAUCCCCUGUGGUGUUCAUUUAGAAUAAUUAUUUCAUGACAAAUCAAGAAGCUCUUAAAAAUCUACAAAAUCUGUUUGUUUUACUUAUCACUAGAUUUAAGAACACCCGUAAGCAGUCCAAGAUUCUUUAUUGUUGCAUAAGGCACAAAAGACACUUAGUGUGUGCACGGAUGUUAAUACCUUCCCAUACAUUCUUCAGGAUGAUACCGAAGAAAUAAUUAGGGGAAGCGAAUAACCAAGGUUAGAGCCCCAUAUCUAAUUCUGAGGCAUGUCAGUUCGAUUCCUAAGGGCGUAGUCAUCUUCCCAACUGACCCAGCUGUCGGGAAUAGGUACAUGACUCCAUCAAGGAUUGGGAACAGGUUACGUAGGGAGAGAUGGACACCGCCGUCAAAACAAAUAAACAAAAAGCUGGCUACAAGAAUAGUGCAGUCUCUAACACCUCCAAGCAACUGAGAGGUCAGGAGACAUAACCAAACUAAGGGGACAUCACCAAACUGUCAAGCUUCAUCGAAUGACUAUGACAGUUCUUUAUUAACGAGAGGUAAAAUAAGCAAGAAAAUGCUUUUUUCCAUUUAGCCCUCAUCCUUAAUGGGGAAAAAAAAUAAAUAAAAUGAUCAAGUGAUUAAGUAUUAUGAGAAUAAUUUUUAGUAAACAUAGAGGAAGGUGAAUAUGUACAAAUGUGGUGGUUAAGAAAAUAUAUAUAUAUUUACAAUGUUUCCUGGAGUUGGGAGGUAUUCUCUAGAGGCCUCAUCUAAUUGUCAUGAAAGUAUUUAGGUAGCUAGAUGGCGUCGAAAGAAGUUCAGGGAGAUUUAAGAAGAAUGAUAAGUGCACUCACACAUGCGCGAACAUGUGGAUCCCAGAGGCCAUAUAAAUGGCAGCUAGAAUUUUCAUUGUUGUGCCUAAUAUUUGUAACUUAAAUGAUUUUUAUUCCUGUGGUAAGGCUAGGUUGUGGAGCUGAAUCAUAUCUUCAAACCUCAGUGGUAAAUGUUCAUUGCAUUGUUAAACAUUUCCCCUUGUGUUGGUAUUAUGUUUUUAUGAGUACAAUGUGUCUGAUGCCCCUGUUUUGUCAGCCUUGAAAAGAGCACGUUAUUGAUCCCUUGUCAAGAUUCAAUACAAACCUACCAAGUGAAAGAAAAGUGAAAUUUAGAUUUUUUAAAGUUGGUGCUGUAGUGCAGUUGGGCAUUUGCUUGGUGAUUUGUGAUUUCCUUUUUGUGUUUUUGCAUUUCAUCCUUAUUUUUCAUUAUUUAGAAAGAUUCUGGGAUACAGCACUAUAAAAGAGUAUUAUUUUUUCCCAACUCAGUGUACCCUGUGCUGAUUUGUUGUUGUUUUUGGUUUUGGGGUUGUUUUUUUUUCUGUGGGGGAGUGGGGGGCGAGGGUUCAAAAUUUAUGCUGAGGAGCACAGCCAUCAUUAGAACACUGCUGUCAAAUUUUAAUUUCCAAAGCCCACUGAGAGAGAACUUUGUAAUGCUUUUGUGGACUUUAUAUGAUGUUUUGGUUUGGUUUUAUCAGACAUGUUGAUACUUUUUGUGUCAUGGAUCUCAUGCUGCCAUCUUUUUACUGCAUGAAUCCUUUUGAUUCCCUAUUGUCUUCCAUGAGUUUCUCCAUGCGUUCUUUUUAACAUUUCACAUAUAGUCAAGCCAGGACAUGGUGUUAUUCAUAAAUAUUUGUGUAUAGGAGAACGUGUGCUUGUUGUACGAUAGUCAAUCAUCAUUAGUCUACUGAGUGACAUGGCAGCAUUAAAGUGGGACUAUCAGAAGAAAGAUGUAAGAAAUCUUCUUGAAAUUGUGUAUAUUUCGUGAAGCCAAAAUGCAUUGAAUAUGGAGAGUUUUUGUGCUUUGGAUCUUAUUUAAGUCAAGGUAUCAUAUGCUGUGUAAGUUAUAUGAUUAUUGCUAAGCUGAGAGUAAGUGCCAUAAAAUGUGGAUGUUGCCGUCUGUUGGCUGAAGAUGUGGACACUGCUAUCACCAAAGUAUUGCAUGCUGCCCAGUGCUUGUGGAUGCUGCUAAAAUCAAGGUACUCUGUGAAUAAUACUAUAUAUUUGUUUUGUUGGAGUUCAUCAGCAGAACACCAUAAAUAUUCCAUGACAUCGGUUUUGUGGUGAGUGUAGGGUAUUUAGAGAUGUAUAUUUUCUGCUGGAAGCAUUCUCUUUUGAAGUGCUGCAGUCUGGAAAUCUGUGAACUGUUUGAAUCGGUCACAGUCACCAGUGUGAUUAUCUGCACUGGAAGUGAAGUGAAAAAGGACCAACAUGAAUGUGAAUGUCAGAAUGAAAAUUAGAUUGCCAAAAUUUGUCUUUCAAGCAUUGACAAUGAAGAAGUUGAACUAACGGAAAAAUACAGUGUCAAUUGAAAAUAAUUUAUGCAUUACCAUGUUGUAUCUUUUUCAUUUUGUUUUGUUGCUUGACUGUUGUAACAAGUAAAGUCCAAGUGCUUGGACUUACAACUGAGUGUCAUUCCCAUGCUUAUAACAUAUUAUGCACAUACUUCCUCUAAUAAUGUGUGCAUUUGGUAUGAGGCUGUCUGUAGUAUUUUAAACUUUUUAAGUCAUUUAAACUUUCUUAAACAGAAACACUUCAUCCAUUUUUAUGGCUAAAUUUUCAUGUGUGUUGGUAGAGUUAGAGAGGUACCCAAGCAGUGUGAAUAAGUUGGAAGGAGUAAGGAAGUAUCUCAUGAUGUGACUUUUGUUAGUUAAAGAAUUUUGCUUUGUCAUUAAGAUGUGGCAAAACCAAGUUGAUAUAGCAUUUCAGGGUAAUUUGCUAGAUGUCUCACCUAUUUGAUUGUAAGCUUCAUUAUUGAUAGCAACGUUUCCAUAGGCAGCCAUCCAUGUUGAUUAAUGCCAGCUGCCAGCAGGCAUUGGCAGUUAACCUGAAGCUGACUGAGUAUUAAUGUCCAGUGUGUAUCAUUAUAUCAUCUUCAUUGUGCUGUUUUGAUUUGUAGAAUAAACUGAGUAUCCACAUCCAGUUUCCAUUAUUGUAUCAUCCUCACUGAGCUGUUUUGACUCCAAGUGUUUUUGAAUGGAUGAUCUUUUCUUUCUUUGUCUUUACACAUUUUGUCCUGCAAGACACAGGGAACCUCUUCAGUUUAUGUUAACAAGUCUCCAAAUUUCUUGCUCAUAAGUGAUUGGCAACUGUCUCACUGAUCAUUCAAAUGUGUGACAGAGAAUCUGGCAGAUGAGAGCAGAAGGGCUUUUUUUUAAAAAAAAAGGCUAAGCACAUAAUUUGAAUUUGAAGACCAGAGUUUUUUUUCUGUUAGACAUUGUCUGAUAGAGCUGAUGGAGGCCUGCCUCAUUUGUCCAACACAAUCAGUUGUAAGCUUUUGGGUCUGGUGAAAGCUCACAUGUUGAAGAGAUAUUAGAGAUUGUUAUAAGAUUGCUAAAGUAAAUUUGGUCUGGGUUUUAGUUGCCUUGCUUAUGUAUGUUCAGUCAUGCGGUCUUCCCUUUCUUUGGGAGAAAUCAAGAUCUGCUUUCGUGAGUGAGCUUAUGUUUCCCAUAAGCACUGUAUGAUUGACAUCAGAUUUUAAUUUGUCAAUAAUUUACACUGAUGAAAAUGGCAAUUACAGAUUUGAACAUCAAGGUUAGUAAUCCUUAUUUGGGCGAUAAAGAAAUGACAUUUUCUCACAUAUGAGACUGACAGGAUGCGUUGCUGUUUUGGGACAUAUCUAAAUCCAUUGCAAUGUGCAUGUAGUCAAUAUGAUUCUGUUAUUUUCUAUCAUUGACAAAUUUGAUAAUGGGACUGAUGUGCUGUAUGGUUAUGAUGUCAAGCUGUGCUUGGGGGGGGUAUGUAUGCAUGUGCCUGUGCAUACCCAUGUGUGGAUAUCUUAGUUUUUAUAUAUAUAUCAUUUGAAAACAGAGACAUACUUAGGGAAAACAUUCAGCAGUCCUUGUGUUAUUUACUGGAAAGGUAAUUUAAUCAAGCUUCUAUAAAAGUGUUAUGGGAAGGUUACCACAGAUUUUAGACCAAUUUUCUGUUGUUUUUCUGUUAAGCCUGCUUUUUUUUUUUUAACUGUAGUUAAAGGCAAAUCUAAAUUUUUUGUUCCGAGUCAACAUCUGAUCAGUCUGUAUGCAUUAUCUAUAUGACAGAGAUAAUACUGUUUAAAGGUGAUAAAACUAUAUCUUACUGUACUUAAUAAUUGUCAUGUGUGAGACAAAUUCAGCGGUUCAUUGUUUGUUGUAAGAUGAUAAGAUGCUAGAGAUGAUUCCUGGUGUUCUACAUCACUGGUUCUCAAAGUAUUUCGGACCAUGGACCACUUUAAUAAAGUAAAAAGUACGGUGGACCACCAAGGCCUAAAAUCGCUCUGUACCUUAAAUUUUGAAUCUAAAUUGCUGCAUUUGUUUUCAUUACAAUUAAAAACUAAAAGUACUUUUGUGACUAUUGGUAUAGUAAUAAGUUUACAUAAAAUUACAUACUUUGCAAAGUACACAUAAAAUUAAAAAUAAGGAAUUGUACUGUGCUUCUAAGGUUAACAGAUGAUGCUGUUAAAUGACACAAUGCUCGCGUUGUGACAUAAAGACUUGGUAUGUGAGUGUUUUAUGCAAAUGAGCAGUUAGGCAUCAAUAAAAUUAAAACUUUUGAAAUCAUUAGCGGACUAAUUAGCUUAUCCGGCGAUUAAAACAUCACUUUGCUGACAUGUGAUGACUGUUAGCCACAGAUCACCUGACUUAAGACAUAAGUGGUCUGUGGACCACACUUUGAGAACCACUGUAAUCUACAUCAAAGAAGGAAGGGAAGUUGAAAUGCAUCCAUAUUUUUGCAAAUUAAGAUUCCAGAAAAUUAGUUUUUGAAAUGAUGAGACAAUCUGCCAAGUGCAAUAGUAAUGUAUUCCAGUUUUGUACAUAGUCAUAAGAAUGCUAGAUUACAUUAUUAUUUUUAACUGUAUUAUCACACUGAGAAGUAGCAGUUGGAUAGUCAUAAAGUUUUCUGUAUAAAUUGUUAUAUAUUCUUAGCAAUCUUAAUCUAAAAACUGAAAUUUUGCAGAAGCUAUGCUUCCCCAGGGAAAAGUGUAAAUAGGACAAAUAGAAUUGAAAUUGACAAUAGAAUUACAUUUAUUACGCCAUAUUAUAAAAUGCCUUCUUUAUUUUUACCACAUAAGAAUGGUUUCACUUUUUAUUGCAAAGUUCACAAAAACUAACAGGAAAAAACUGAUAAGACUUAACAGAUAUGUUAGAAGAGCUGUCAUUUAGCAGCUAUGCCUUAUACUUUGCAUAUGAGAGUCAAUUUGAUACUUAAAGGUCAGUCACCUGUGUAACCUUUCAUUGUUUAGCAGAUGGAACUUUUUGAAAUGUUCUGUGAUAAGUCUUUGUGCUUUUAUCGCUAAAAAACAUGACUGCUGUUUGUCAUCUCUUGAUAUGAUCUAUAUUGUAUGCAUUCUAAUCACAGUUUUUCUAAAAAAAAAGGAUGCUUCUCAGUUUCAGCAAACUAAAUAUGUAAAUAACACUUUUUAAUGUGCUUUCGCUUUUAGAUGAGGUUUAUCCAGCUUGGAGGGACAGUAAUAAGAAAUGUGGCUAUGAUAUUUAGCCUAAGUGAUUUUUACCAUUUUAUCUUUGUGGUUUGGAAGUAUGUUACAAAAAUGCUGUAUUUUCAUGUUCACAAUUUAAUGUGAAUCACCAUGGAGCUGGACUUUCACUUUCAUGGUCACCUACACUUUAAUUCUACUAUGUUGUUGCAGCUUUAUGAAGCACACACAAAAUGCAUCCUGUAAAAGUACUGCUUUUUCUGUUGCUGGUUUACAGCACCCACAAGGGGUUUCACAUGUGAUAAGUGAAUACUGAAAUUGCAUGUGCUUCUGUUCCUUUUUUUAUAUGGGAAGAUUCAGGUGUACCAGUUAUUUUUCUUUGUAUUAAUUUUGUCACUCUUUCUUUGCAUGGGAAGAGUCUUGUGGUGAUUGGGUGUGUACAUAGCCAAAACUAAUUCCCUGACUUGUGAUUAUGAUUGUUGCAGCUGGUAUUUGUUGAACUUUAUUGAACACGAAGUAGUUACAUGCAUAGUCCUCAAAAUGUUUCAUGUAAUAUGCUACUGGAUUAAUGACUUGAAAAUCUUGA